AAAAGUCAAAACCCCUGCGCGCAACCACCGUCCUCAGUCGGCAUCGCCACCAUGUCACAGCGCAACCGACGCGAACGUGAUAGUGACAGACGCCGAGAUAGAGACGACCGUGAUAGACGCCAAGAUAGAGACGACCGUGACGCUGAUCGAGAAAGAGAUAGAGAGCGGGACCGUGACCGAGGGCUAAGGAGCAAGAAGUCCCGAUCUCGUACUCCAGACCACCACGCUCGUCCUCCUCGCCACGCGCGCUCUCCGGAGAGGUACCGCUCUCGUUCCCGCUCGAUCGACCGUAACCGACACCACAGGCGCAGGACUCCCUCCCCCUCUCCGUCGCGGAAACGGCCUCGCGAGAGUUCAGUGGACGACGAGAGGAAUCGCAAAAAAGCUGCUUCUGAUUCCGUCGACGAGCCUGCUAAGAAGAACGAUAAGCAACCGAGCGGCGGAGGCGAAGCUGCGGAGGAGGAGGAGGGGAUGGAUGUGAAUGAGAUAGAGAUGAUGAAGAUGUUAGGGAUUCCAACUGGAUUUGACUCGACGAAAGGGAAGCAUGUUGAAGGUGCUGACGUCAGUGGGAUCAGGGCUGUUACCAAGCGGCAGCCAAGGCAGUACAUGAACCGUCGCGGUGGCUUUAACCGUCCUUUGCCUGCUGAGCGUAACCGCUAAGCUUUCCUCAAUGUUCUUACAAUAGUCAGAUGGUGAGAGUUUGAGCUGCGUUUUCAAGGUAGUCUUUACCGCAAUUCUACCCCCAGGCUCUGCUCUAAUGUCCCUUAGAGAUCAAACAUGUACUCUCACAACUUAGAAACGUCUCUUGAGUUCUUUUUUAUUUGGGGGGGGAUUUUAGAAUUGUUAAUGUGUCGUGAGUUUAAUCUCCCCGGCUAUAUCUUCAGACUAUGAUCUAGUUGAUUUGUAUGUAUCUUCGUUUUGAGUUUUGCACUAUACAUUAGAAGGAAGCAAAGUUACAUAAGACAUCGUUAUGGUUUUUAGAAUAUUAAGAAAAUUGAGAGAGAUUUCAAAAGAUUUAA